AAUUAAUAAAUUACGAAUUUCUACCUAUAAUAAAAUGAGGAGAUUGGGAAGUGGGAUUCACUCGUCUUGCCUGGGUUUUUGGAGAGUUGGGAGUGUAUAGUCUCGAAGUGUUCUUCCUCAAUCAAUCCCGAAACAGUCAACAAUGAGCUCCUCGUGUGACAAUGCUGACUGCCUUGCAUGGGCAGCAAGAGAUGAAUCUGGAUUUUUAUCACCAUACAAGUUCAGCCGCAGGGCUCUGGGAAGUGAUGACGUCUCGAUAAGAAUUACACACUGUGGAGUUUGUUAUGCUGAUUUAAUUUGGGCAAGGAAUGGACAUGGGGAUUCAAAGUAUCCUUUAGUGCCUGGACAUGAGAUUGUUGGAAUUGUGAAAGAUGUCGGUUCAAAUGUUCGCCGUUUCAAAGUUGGUGACCAUAUUGGAGUAGGAACCUAUGUCAACUCAUGCAGGGAUUGUGAGUAUUGUAAUGAUGGAGAUGAAGUUUAUUGUGAUAAAGGAAUAGCAUUCACUUUUAAUGCUGUGGAUGCGGAUGGUACUAUUACAAAAGGAGGAUAUUCAAGUUAUAUUGUUGUGCAUGACAGGUACUGCUUCAGCAUACCUGACGAAUAUCCAUUGGCUUCAGCAGCUCCUUUGCUUUGUGCUGGAAUUACUGUGUAUGCUCCCAUGGUGCGCCACAAGAUGAACCUGCAUCCUGGUAAAUCGUUAGGAGUGAUUGGGCUUGGAGGUCUUGGUCACAUGGCCGUGAAGUUUGGUAAGGCUUUUGGGUUGAAUGUGACAGUUUUCAGCACUAGCUUAUCCAAAAAGGAGGAAUCCCUGAGUUUACUUGGUGCCGACAGAUUUGUGCUCUCAUCUGACCAAGAGCAGAUGAAGGCCCUGGAUAAGUCCUUUGACUUUAUAAUCGACACAGCAUCUGGUGAUCACCCAUUUGAUCCGUACAUGGCGCUGCUGAAGACUGCUGGUGUUCUCGUUCUUGUGGGGUUCCCUAGUGAAGUCAAAUUCAAUCCUGCAAGCCUAAAUCUUGGAAUGAAAACUGUUUCUGGUAGCAUAGCAGGCGGUACAAAAGUGACGCAAGAAAUGCUAGACUUCUGUGCUGCUCAUAAAGUUUACCCAAAGAUAGAAGUUAUUCCAAUUGAGUAUGCAAAUGAAGCUCUCGAGAGGCUAAUAAAGAGAGAUGUGAAGUACCGGUUUGUGAUUGAUAUUGAGAAAUCUCUGAAAUGAACUGCUGAAGAAAUGGGGAGUUCUUCUCAAUGCACAUAUCAUGGUUUUGUGCACGUUGAAUGUAUUGAUCGCUUGUCGCAACUCAAAAGCGCAUAGGGGUUGACUUUGAUUAGGUUUCUAGGAAUUUAGUCGUAAUAAAAGGCAUCUGGGUUUGAUCUUCUGUAUCAUGCAAGUAGGUAGCUAGACUGAAAUAAGUGAAUGGGUGGUAGGGUGGUGUUUUCUGACGUGUAUUUGAAUAAAAAAUAGAAGUACGGACUUCUUGAUUCUCA